AUGCUCCAACUACCCGUCGAACUCCAACGGAGUUGCAUCGAUUUUCUUUCCGACGAUUUGGCGACACUCAAGGCCCUUCGCCUGGUAAGCAAAGGAUUCCACGAAUUAGCUUCCGAGAGUCUCUUCCGCACAGUAUCCUUCACGAACGUCGAAAACAGCCCAGAAAGAUUCUUGAAUAUCUUCCAUUCCUCUUUACGAAAGCAUGUACGUCAGGCCAUCAUCAAUACUUCUGACCAUCCCGAUGAGGAAGUGGAGGGGUACCCCGACAUUCUCUCUACCUUCGCCGACGCCAUCGCAAAACUUGCACAGCUGGAGGGAUUAAAGCGAGUAGAGCUAAAGUUCUCGAGCGUUUGUACCGUAGACGAUUAUAUCAUGACCAGAUACAGAGAGAACAUGGUGGAGGUUGAAGAGAGUGAAUCUUUCCGGGCGGAGAUCCAGGACCUUUGCUUCCAGGCUUUAGCGCAGAGCGAGAGCUUCGAAAGUCUUACGAUCCAGAACUUGCAAGAUGCAAUGCCUCGGAAUAUUAUGGAAUCUAAAGGUUUCCUGGCCCUACUUCCACAAGCGGGUGACGACGGGAUUGAUGACGAGGGUGACGACAAGAGUGAUGAUGAGGGCGAUGAUGAGGGUGACGAGGAGUUUGACAGCUUCGGUCUUUCUUAUGCAGUUGACCGGGAGGUUGAACCGGAUAUUCGUUGGCAUCAUCUAUUCGAACGCUUCCGAGUUGGCCUCCAACGUCUUCGGUACUUCAAGUCGGGCUAUUCGCAGGAUUAUCCCUUCGAUAGCCGCUACAACAUGCGGUCCAAUCACCCCAUGAAUGCUUACUACUCCCUUGACUGUCGCAAGCCACCGGGAUUCGAGCCAUUCGGUGGGACGUCUACGAGCCUGAACUUGAAGAAGAAGCUCAGCGUAGGCAAGAGACAGACCUUCAGGAGGAGGAUCAGCGUGCUCUGA